AUGACUAGCAGGGUCCUUCUACUGACAGCCCUAGCCAUAUGUCAAGGAUUCAACCUGGACACAGAAAAAGCGAUCAUCUUCCAAGAGAAUGCAAGGGGCUUUGGACAGAGUGUGGUUCAGUUUGGAGAAUCCCGGGUAGUGGUUGGAGCCCCCCAGGAGAUAAAAUCUGCCAACCAAACUGGCGGCCUCUACCAGUGUGACUACAGCAUAGGCAUGUGCCAUCCUAUCCCCCUGCAGGUUCCCUUAGAGGCUGUGAAUAUGUCUUUGGGUCUGUCUUUGGCAUCUACCACCAGCCCCUCCCAGCUGCUGGCCUGUGGUCCCACUGUGCACCAAAGCUGCAAGGAGAACACCUAUGUGAAUGGCUUUUGCUUCCUGUUUGGAUCCAACCUACUCCAGCAGCCCCAGAGGUUUCCUGAGACCCUGAAAGAAUGUCCUCAACAGGAGAGUGACAUCGUCUUUUUGAUUGAUGGCUCUGGUAGCAUCAACCCAAGAGACUUUCAGCGGAUGAAAGAGUUUGUUUCAACUGUGAUGGGCCAAUUCAAAAAGCCCAAAACCUCGUUCUCUUUGAUGCAGUACUCUGAUGACUUCCAGACUCAUUUUACCUUCAAUGAUUUCAACCGUAAUUCUAACCCAAAUUCACUGGUGGAGCCAAUAAGACAGCUGUACGGGAGGACAUACACUGCCACAGGAAUCCUCAAAGUAGUAAAUGAACUGUUUCAAGACAGCAGUGGGGCCCGGAAGAAUGCCCUUAAGAUCCUAGUGGUCAUCACAGAUGGGGAAAAGUUUGGUGAUUCCUUGGAAUACAAAGAUGUGAUUCCCAAGGCAGAGAAAAAAGGGAUCAUCCGCUAUGUCAUUGGGGUGGGAGAUGCCUUCAACAGUGAGAAAUCUCACCAAGAACUGAAUACCAUCGCAUCCAAUUCAUCUUCUGACCAUGUGUUUCGGGUAAAUAACUUUGAAGCUCUGAAGACUAUUCAAAACCAGCUGCAAGAAAAAAUCUUUGCCAUUGAGGGUACUCAGACAGGAAGCAACAGCUCAUUUGAGUAUGAGAUGUCUCAGGAAGGCUUCAGUGCCGCCAUCACCUCUAAUGGCCCCUUGCUGGGUGCUGUGGGGAGCUUUGACUGGGCCGGUGGAGGUUUUUUGCGAACUUCAAAGGGAGAAGUCACCUUCAUCAACACAACCAGGGUGAAUUCAGACAUGAAUGAUGCUUAUUUGGGUUAUGCUUCCGAGGUCAUUUCGCGAAACAAGGUACAGAGUCUGGUUCUGGGGGCACCUCGAUAUCAGCACACUGGCCUGGUGGUGAUGUUCAAACAGAAUGCUGGGAGCUGGAAGACCAGUGCUGUUAUCAAUGGGACCCAGAUCGGUUCCUACUUCGGGGCCUCCCUCUGCUCUGUGGAUGUGGACAGAGAUGGCAACACUGACCUGGUCCUUAUUGGGGCCCCCCAUUACUACGAGCAGACCCGGGGAGGCCAGGUGUCUGUCUGCCCCUUGCCUCAGAGGCGGGCUAGCUGGGAAUGCCGGGCUGUUCUCCGCGGGGAGCAAGGACAUCCUUGGGCCCGCUUUGGGGCAGCCCUGACAGUACUGGGGGACGUGAAUGGGGACAAGCUGACGGAUGUGGCCAUCGGGGCGCCAGGGGAGCAGGAGAACCAAGGCGCUGUCUACCUAUUUCAUGGAGCAUCAGGGCUGGACAUCAGCCCCUCCCACAGCCAGCGGAUUACAGGCUCCCAGCUCUCUCCCAACCUCCAGUAUUUUGGUCAGUCACUCAGUGGGGGCCAGGACAUCACGCAGGAUGGACUGGUGGACCUGGCUGUAGGAGCCCAGGGGCAUAUGCUGUUGCUCAGGUCCCAGCCUGUAUUGAGAGUCAAGGUGAUCAUGGAGUUCACACCCCGAGAAGUGGCAAGGAAUGUAUUUGAAUGUCGUGAACAGGCGGUGAGAAGCCUGAAUGCUGGAGAUGUAAGAAUCUGCUUGCAAGUCCAGAAAAGCACCCGGGAUCGACUGGUCGAGGGAGAGAUCCAGAGCAUUAUCACUUAUGACCUGGGUCUGGACUCCAGUCGCUCAAAUCCCCGUGCCAUCUUUGAGAAGACGAAGAAUAGUACACUUAGACAAACGCAGACCUUGGCGCUAACAGAGAAAUGUGAGACCCUGAACCUACAAUUACCGGAUUGUGUAGAAGACUCAGUGACCCCCAUUGUCCUGCGCCUCAACUUCUCUCUGGAAGGGAAGCCCUUAACCUCUUUCGGGAAUCUCCGGCCAGUGCUGGCUGUGGAUGCUCAGAGACUCUUCACAGCCUUGUUCCCCUUUGAGAAGAAUUGUGGCAAUGACAAUGUCUGCCAAGAUGAUCUCAGCAUUGUCUUCAGUUUUAUGAACCUGGACACACUGGUGGUGGGUGGUCCCCAGGACCUCAAUGUGACUGUUACUGUGAGAAAUCAGGGUGAGGACUCCUACAGAACUCAGGUCACCUUCUUCUACCCACCUGGCUUGUCCUAUCGGAGAGUGGCAGUGUCCCAGAACCAGCACACACACAGAUCCUGGCGCCUGGUCUGUGAGUCUAGGACCCCCACUGCAGGGCCUGAGACCCUGAAGAGCAGCAGCUGUAACAUAAAUCAUCCCCUCUUCCCAGGCAAUUCUGAGGUCACCUUUAAUAUCACAUUCAAUGUGGACUCCAGCGCUUCUCUUGGAAACAAAUUACUCCUCAAAGCCAAUGUGACCAGUGAGAACAACAUGCCCAGUACAAGCAAAAGUGAAUUCCAGCUGGAACUGCCUGUGAAAUAUGCUGUCUACAUGGUGGUCACCAGCCAUGAGAAUUCUACCAAAUAUCUCAACUUCACAGCCUCAGAUAAGACUAUCCAAGUUGUGGAACAUCAAUACCAGUUCAACAACCUGGGGCAGAGGCACCUCCCUAUCAGUGUGGUCUUCUGGGUCCCCAUCCUGCUGAACCAAGUGACCGUGUUGAAUGACCUUCAGGUUACCUUUUCCCAGGACCUCAACAAUUCAUGCCACAGUAAAGAAAAACUUCCUUCAAACACUAACUUCCUAGCUGAGAUAAAGAAGACCCCAGUGCUGAACUGCUCUAUUGCAGUCUGCAAAAGAAUCCAAUGUGACAUCCCAUCCUUCAGCACCCAGGAAAAAUUCACUGUCACCCUCAAAGGCAAUCUUUCAUUUGACUGGUAUAUAAAGACUUCUCAGAACCACUGGCUGGUUGUGAGCACAGCGGAGAUUUUGUUUAACAAUGCGGUGUUUGCCCUGCUUCCGGGACAAAGGAUGUUUGUGAGGGCCCAGACAGAGACCAAAGUAGAGCAGUAUGACGUUCCCAACCCUGUACCACUCAUCGUAGGCAGCUCUUUGGGGGGGCUGGUGCUUCUGGCUCUCAUCACAGCGACGCUGUACAAGCUUGGCUUCUUCAAACGGCAGUACAAGGACAUGAUGAGCGAGGCUGAUCCCCAAGCAAGCCCACCCCAGUAA